CGGGAGAGGAGGCUGAAAAGGACGUUUCCUUCUGCGUCUGAGAAUCCACCAUCACUAUGCUGCGUCUGACCUCAGGUCGCCUGGGAAGUCUCCUAGCCAGGCGUCCCACAGCAUGCCUGACCUCCAGCAGCAGGGCGAGGAUGCUGAGCCAGCAGAGCCACGAGGUGUCAGAGACGGUGGACAUGUCCCGGCCGAUGUACUACGACAGGCUGGACAGUCCUCUGCCUGACAAACCCUACAAAGAUGUUCUGAGCGAUGCUGAGCAGAGCCUGAAGCAGAAGGAGAAGGGGCCCUGGGCUGAGCUGACCAAUGAGGAGAAGGUUGCCUUGUACCGCCUGAUGUUCUCCCAGACCUACGCAGAGAUGAAGGCGCCUACAGGAGAGUGGAAGACUGUGGUGGGUGGGAUCUUCCUGUUCCUGGGCUUCACCGGCCUGGUGGUCUGGUGGCAGAGGAUCUACGUCUACCCUCCCCAUCCCAGGACCGUGGAUGAGGACUGGCAGGCCAUGCAGCUGCAGAGGAUGCUGGACAUGAGGAUCAACCCUGUGCAGGGCUUCUCAGCCAAGUGGGACUACGAGAGGAACCAGUGGAAAUGAAAGGAGGGAGCGGCCGGCUGAGUUCAGCCUGUUAUCUCCCUUCAUGGCUGCAGCCGUCCUCAUGUAAUCAUAUAAUGAUCAUACAGUGAUAAUAAAGCUUCAUCAGAACUCUGUUUAUCCUGUUUUG